UCAUGCUGCUGCCAGGUCCAGAGUCUCUCAUGGGUCCCUGUACGGCCUCCCAUUGCUGCUGUCUCCAUCGCCACACUCUGCCAUGUGCCACUUUCAGGUCUCCUCACACACUGCUGGUGUGUUCAAUUUUUUGACAUAGGGUGCUGGCAGAUUACGGGCCUCCCAUAGCUGCUGCCAGGCCCCUAAUCUGCCAUGGGCCCCUGUACCGCCUCCUCAUGCUGCUGCCAGUCCAGAGUCUGUCAUGGGUCCCUGUACGGCCUCCCAUUGCUGCUGUCUCCAUCGCCACACUCUGCCAUGUGCCACUUUCAGGUCUCCUCACACUGCUGGUGUGUUCAAUUUUUUGAC